CAGAAGUGUUGGAUGAGCAGUCUUGUUUGAUAACAAAAGUUACAUUUUCACCCACAAGAUAGAGAGAGAAGCAGUCAGAAUUGUGUGGCACAAUUUGUAAUCACCCGCUUGCGCAGCAAAGUGACCCAUCUCGGAAUGCGACCUUGGUCUCAUCCCAUUACCUAGGGUGUUUGAUUUACUUGCUGAAGAUCCCACAACUUUCUUCAAAACCUGCGGGCCGGGCCAGUCAAAAGGACUCACUCAUCUGCCCACCAUGUCAGCCAAAGAUGCAAAGACUCCUCGUGUAUUUCUCAUUCGCCACGGCGAGACUGAAUGGUCACAGAACGGGCGGUACACAGGGAUAACGGAUCUCCCGCUGCUGGAACUAGGCCAAGAGCGAAUACGACAAACGGCAUCCGUGGUCUUUGGCUUUAACCGACUGAUCGACCCACGCAACAUCGUGGCCACAUUUGCUAGUCCACGCCGUCGGGCCCAACACACACUAGAACUAUUGAUUGAGCGAAUCACCGAUGAGGAGACGCGAGAAGUAUUCGAAUCCACGGUUCAGACAACAGAGCAAAUCGCCGAGUUCGGAUACGGCGACUACGAGGGGCUCAAAACGCAUGAGAUCCGCGCCUUGAGGCACCAGAGGGGCCUGGAUCGCGACACUCCCUGGGAUAUCGGUCGCGACGGCACCGAGGGGCCAGGGGGUGAGCUACCCGAUCAAGUCGCGAAAAGGUUGGAUCAGCUCAUAGACCAGAUCGUGUCUCUCCAAGGCGAGGUCUUGCGCAGCAACGCCAAUGUGUUAGAUGGAGAUACGAAAGGGAAGGGAGAUAUUUUGAUCGUCGCUCGUAAGUGCAUUUAUUACUUCGACAUAUGUCUGUUUGAUCGAUGCCUUACUUCUAUUGAGAUGGCCAUAUUCUUCGCUUUUUCGUCAAAAGGUGGCUUGGACUGCCAAUGGACACCAAACUGGAGCUGAUGCUGGAGCCUGGUGGCGUCUGCGGCCUCUCUUAUGCCCACAGCAGCAUCAACGAGAGGGCAGUCCUAGUCGGCAUGAGUUUUCCAGGGUCUGCUUGACAGGGGAAUGUAUAUCAAAAGGGAUUUCGAGCUACGGCGUGCUUCAUUUCGAACGAGGUAAGACAACAAGCGCAACCAUCCGCAAGGUUUUGCGUGUGUCUGUUGACUAACAAAGAAUGUCUUGUUACUUGAAGGAGAUCGGGGUGAAGGUGCAUUAACAGUGAAUGAAAUGAAGAUACAGUUUCGUUGGCUGUCUUGUAUUGCGUGCAUAGUGGGAGUUAAGUAUCCUAAGCCAGGUAUUUAGGCUGUGCAGGUGUUUCGCCACCAAGCACUAUAAAUGAUUGUUCAUGGGAUCAUAUGUGUCAUUGCCAUAUGCAUCGCCACCAAAGUUUAGAUAUCCGUUAACAAAAGGCGGGUUAGGAAACUUGGCCAAGAUCGAACUCGCAUUUCCAAAUACCCACACAGUUUGCAUACCUAGGAAUCGAGGCGUUAGCAUGUGA